AUGUCGUCGUAUAGUCAUUCAAUGCCUGUGCACGCACCCCCCUCUCCCGUAGUUGUGCCAGGAUUUCCAGAUGGAUUUGUUCCUAAUUCUACGUCCCCAGUGAUACCUGGCUCAACUGAAAACUUGCCGAGAGGGUUUGUGCCUACGCCAACGAUGCCUACUCACGACGGUCUCCCACCUGGUUUCCAGCCACAUUCCCCAUCUGCGCCUGAGGGCGCUCCGCCAGGGUUCAUGCCUUCACCUGCUGUGCAAGCUCCGUCACUUGCACCACCUGAUGCACCACCUGGGUUUGUUCCUGACCGUCCGGAUAUUUCUCCUGGACCUCCACCUGGCUUCAUUCCUGGUUCUCCUGCUCCUCCUGGGUUUGUACCCGGGUCCCCUGCUCCCCCUGGUUUCCUUUCCGCGUCUCCUGCCGCACCUCCAGGAGCGCCUCCCGGAUUUGUUGUAGAUUCCUCUGAUCAAAUACCUGGUGCACCAGUUGGCUUCAUGCCGAGCUCGCCGAUGCCCGACGGUGCGCCGCCAGGCUUUGUACCACAAUCUACGUCAAUUCCAGUCAGCCCGUUACCAGUACCUAUAACAAGUCCAAACAUGAGCGUAUCCGGGGCUCUACCUGUCCUCGCAAGGUCGACGAGCGAGAAAUCCGGAGGAUUCUACGACGCUGGUCGAGUUAGAUCGGGAAGUUCGGCAUCGAGAUCUCCUAGAUUGUCGUUCAGUGGGCCGAAUGCAGGGUUUCACAGUCGAGCCGCAUCGGAUUGGGAUACGCGCUCUGCGUGGGGAGAUAAUCGAACGGAACGCUCUCCGCGUCCUGUACGCGGACCAGAUCUUACUUCCCCACGUAUAGGGUUGGAACCAGAGAUAAUUCGACCAGGAUCGUCGUUAUCCCGAAGAGGCUCGAGUCCAGUCAUUCCCGAUCCGGUGACGUUCCAACCUUCGCGGGCGAAUUCUUCUAGACGAGGUUCGCGGGUUGGUUUUGGCGACGUGGUGGAUCCAUCGGGUGUGCCACUGCCUUUGUCAACUGCACCAUCAUUUGCGCGGUCUGGACGAGCGACCUCGGAUCGGUCUGUUCGUGCGAAUUUAGAGAAUGUACCACCGCCGGCAGUGGUCCGCUCGCAGAGCGCACGGAGCGAUGUGUCUCGUACGCGUGGAGGCAUCUAUACGCCCAAUGGAAACACCAAUGGUAUGCCAACACCGUCAAUGGGUACACCUCGACAUCCGUCGCUGUCUGGCCUGCCACCUUCUGGACUUGGAAGUCCUUUCUCUAGAAGGUUGGACCCUCAUCCAGAAGAUGCAGAUGAAUACGAAGUCGUUGCGUCUGAUGUAUCGCAGGAUACACUAACGACUCCUCCCGCUGCGCGACGCAACCUCCCACGCGAUCGCGGUACACCUGCUCCGCCAAAACGAAGCCUAGAUCCACUCGGGAUGCGUAGCCCUUCCGCAAAUCAAACUCCAAGUCGUCGUGUAUCUAUCCUCGCCCCAGCGGACGAGCCAGGACCAAUGGAGCCUUCGGCAUCCUCAUCAGCACUAAGGAGGUCAGCGUCAAGACAGAGUAUUGCGAGUAACAAAUCGUACUCCAAGUUCGAUCCGAAUGAAUAUGUCGACCCUGCUGUACUUACGAGUGGACGAUCGCGUUUGUUGCCGUUACCCGUGGAAGAACCGGUAGCUGCUCCUGCUACGGCAGCUGCGGGUGGUGGAAAGGGCAGGAAGAAUAAGAAGGGUAAGAAGAAGUGA